CUCGAACAUCUUUCUUUCUCUUAAGCCCUUCUCUUGUCUUAAAAAAGAAAAGAAAAAUCCCUUCGUCUUUCAUUAUAUGUUUUUUUUCCUCUUUAAUUAAAUCUCAAAUAAUUUAAGUUAUAUAUUGCAAUGGAGAGAGCAAGGUCAUUCUUACAAUCUCCAACUUAUGGAAAUGUCAUCACUGUUCUUAGCAUCGAUGGUGGUGGGAUAAGGGGUAUUAUUCCCGGCACCAUUCUCAGCUGCCUAGAAUCUGAGCUCCAGAGACUAGAUGGCGAGGAAGCAAGAAUUGCAGAUUACUUUGAUGUGAUCGCUGGAACUAGCACAGGUGGGCUCGUUACAGCCAUGCUUACUGCUCCAGACGAAAACAAUCGACCAUUAUUUGCUGCCAAGGAUAUCAUCAAGUUCUACCUUGAACACGGUCCUAAAAUUUUCCCUCAAGAAAGCGUGCCAGUACUUGGUGGUGCGUUGGAGACAAUUAGAGCUAUAACAGGUCCAAAAUAUGAUGGCAAGUAUUUGCGUAACUUACUAAAGGAAAUACUAGGAGAUCUGCGAUUGCACCAGACAUUGACUAACGUUGUUAUCCCAACCUUUGACAUAAAGCGCCUCCAACCCACUAUCUUCUCUAGCUAUGAGGUGAAAAAGAAUCCCAGCCAAGAUGCCUUGCUCUCUGAUAUAUGCACCGGAACUUCAGCUGCACCGACCUAUCUUCCGGCCCACAGUUUUGAAACCACACAUUCAAACGGCCAAGUUAGAAAGUUUAAUCUCAUCGACGGUGGUGUCGUUGCUAACAAUCCGGCUUUGGUGGCCAUAAAUGAAGUGUCAAAGGAAAUCCAUCAAGGAAAUCGAGACUUCUUUCCGAUCAAGCCUACGGAGUACGGCCGAUUUUUGGUUGUGUCGUUAGGAACUGGUACGCCAAAACCUGAUGAGAAGUACAACGCAAUUGAAGCAGCUAAGUGGGGUGUUGUGGGAUGGCUGACCAGCCACCAUUCCACUCCUUUGGUCGACAUUUUCACUCAAGCAAGUAGUGAUUUGGUCGAUUUUUUCCUCUCCACUAUAUUUCAGGCUCUUCAAUCUGAGAAAAACUAUCUGCGAAUCCAAGAUGAUACACUAGGUGAAAAGGUAUCUUCUGUGGAUAUUGCUACCAAAGAAAACUUGAAUGAACUUGUUAAAGUUGGAGAGGCUUUGUUGAAGAAACCGGUUGCCAUGGUAAAUUUGGAGACUGGUUCUUUUGAGCCUUGUCAUAAUGAUGUGACAAAUGAAGAGGCUAUCAGAAGGGUUGCCGGAAUACUUUCCCGGGAGAGAAAGGCUCGUGAGGCUAAGUCACCAAUUGCAAAAGUUGCGACUACAAGUUCAAAAUAAAUGCUUAAUUGUGUGCUAGAUAUAUGCUUAUCAAUUUACUCCAAUAUUAGAUUUUUUUUUUUUGGUUAAAUUAUAGCUGAGAAGCUAUGAUAUAUAUAUACUACUGUGUUCUAAUGGAUUAUAUAUACCAUUCUUUAUUUGUAAUAUUUACUCUUGUAUGAAUAAAAUACCCAAUUGGUUUCCA